AUGGAAACACGGGAUGCCCUAAAAGAUCCUUACUAUGGUAUCCCUGCGAAACUUAUAAGAGCAAUUUAUAACACCUAUCAAAACAUCAGAUCCAGAGUAAAAACAAAUCAAGAGAAUGAAGACUGGUUUGAUAUUAAAUCAGGAAUAAGACAGGGCAGCGCCCUUUCACCACUUGUUUCUAUAUUGUUCUUAGAUAAAUGCAUGAGUGAACGAGGAGAGGACGAAGCUGAAGAUAUGAGCAUCAACCUUAUCUAUACAGAUGACCAUGCAAUGAUAGCCCCCAGCGCAGAAUCUCUCCAAGAAAACGUCAACAACUGA